AUGAUAAGUCUACCCAAGGCCAACGUGCUCAUCACAGACGACAACGUUGCUCAAUUAUGCGAUUUUGGACUCACGCGCGUGCUAUUUAGCGACAUUGAUACGGCAGGGUUGACAACCACUUCUGCGCACAGUGGCACGGCACGAUACCUCUCUUUUGAGCUCGUGCAAAGCAAUAAUGCAAAGACGACGUGCGAAUCAGACAUUCAGGCACUAGGGUGUAUUGCACUAGAAUUCCUUUGCUUGCAGUAUCCAUACGCGAACCGGGUAGGCCCCUACGCUCUGGGUGGUGUAUUUGCAGACAUUGCCAACGGAAAUCCACCUGCGACUCGACCAGAUGGUAUCUCUCAUCCCGGGCUAGACAAGCUUUGGCAGAUCCUCAAUGCGACUUGGAAUAAAUGCCCAGAUCGUAGACCAAAGGCGUCGGAUGUAUGCGAUAAACUCAUGCUGCAUGCAGCCGACAUCCUGAACGGGCCCAAACACUAUGGUAUACAGUGA